AUGUACACAUACCGAGAUGAUUCCAGCAAUAGAAGCACAAGCACUGCCAGCACCACCACAGCCCUCCUGUCCUCACCAACAUCCACGUCCACAUCUCUAUCCAUCCCCAGCACGUCACUAUACACUAACAACCUCCAACCCCCCCACCUGACUCCCCUAAACACCACCUCCCUCCGCCUCCUUCACCUGUACAUCACCUCCACCUCGCACACAAUGGGCACAGCGCAGAUCCCUUCCGUGCGUGAAAUGUGGGCACUCUCCGUCCCCGAAAUGGCCUUUGAGUAUCAGCCCCUCCUGUCCACCCUGCUCGCUGUGGCUGCGGCGCAUCGCGCACGGCUUGUCCCCUCUGAAGCGGAGGAGCUGAGGCGUGUACAAGGAGGGUUAAUUGCUCAGGCGGUUGGGGAACAUAGGACUGAGACAGCCAAGUUGGCGGUGUCCUCGUCGUUGGGGGCGGGGGGUAGAGCUGGUGGGGUGACGGAGACGUUGUGUAUGAAUGCUAUUUUAAUCUCGCUGUAUACGCUUGCGUGCAGGAUGGAUGGAGGUGGGGUGGGUGAGUACGAGCCUCCGAAUCUGUGGUUGAAUAUGGCGAGGGGAGUGCGGACCGUUGUGUCGAUGGUAUACUUUAGGCUUGUGGAGGAGAGGGCCCGGAUUGCGCCGUUGUUGGUUGCCAAGCCGGUUGUGCAUCGGAAGGAUGUGGAGGUGCAGGAUGGGGGGCCGAAGGGGAGUAGUGGUGUAGAAGGGGCGUUGAGGUUCUUGGUAGAUAUGUUUCCCGGUAGUGAGGAGGGUGGAGAGGAGGUGAUGGGGAUUUAUGCGCAGUGUGUUGGGUAUCUGGAGGGGUUGUUGAUGGCGGUUAGAAUGGGGGAGUCGGAGUAUGAUAUUCGGAAGAGGUUCUCGUCGUUUCCGAGUAUGGUUCCGGGGGAGUUCUUGCGAUUGGUGAGUGAACGGAGACCGAGGGCCUUGGUAAUUCUGGCGUAUCUGUUUGCGUUGGUUAAGUGUGCGGAGGGGGUGUGGUGGUUGAGGGGCAUCCCGGAGAUGGAGGUCCGUGGGAUUGAUUCUAUCUUGCCUGAGGAGUGGAGGGAGGUUAUGGGGUGGCCGGUGGGGGUGGUUAUGGGAGUGGUAGAUGUUAAUGAAUCGGUGUUAUGA